AUGUCCUCCCACAACACACAUCCCGACAACAACAACAACAACAACAACAGUUCUGUCGACCACGACUCCUACACCCACUACUACAAGCUUAACUUCGACAGCUCCAUCUACCACAAAAACAACAACUCUGCCUUCUACUACAACUCCAACCUCUACUCCUACAUCAACCUCAACAGGAGCAUCAACUACCAAACUUGCAAAGUAGAAACCCGUUCCUUCAGAUGUGAUGUAACAACUACCCCAGUUACCACUACUUCACCCACCACUACACUGCUCCCAACAACAACAACAAUACCACAUACAACAGAAAGACCAACCACCACCUCAAAAUAUCAAAUUGAGAUAAACUGCCACUAUGUACAUCCUCCAAGACAGAAUGGUGAAAGCUGGAAACAUAACCAGUGCACCAACGGAACAUGCACCAACGGGAAAGUUUUUUAUGAGCAUGUACAUUGUGAGACUCCGAAGCCAAUAACAUGUGAAAAUAACUAUCCUCCGAUCAAAGUGUAUGACGAAUCUGGAUGCUGUUUCCACUAUGAGUGUCAAUGUAUCUGCUAUGGUUGGGGAGACCCUCACUAUGUCACCUUUGAUGGAACAUACUAUGGCUUCCAAGGAAAUUGUUCUUACGUCUUGGUCAAAGAAAUCCUGCCAAAGUACAAUUUCAGUGUGGUAAUCGACAAUUACUAUUGUGAUGCCCCAGAUGGACUUUCCUGUCCUCAGUCUCUGACAAUUUAUUACCAAUCUUACAAGAUAUUCAUGACCAAGAAGGACGUUGAUGGAGUUUUCACAAGUCUGAUUUAUGUAAACCAGCAACGCAUCAUCCCGGCAUAUGAGACCAAGGACUUCCGCAUCACAGACAACGGAAUUGAGACCCUUUUAGUCAUACCAGCAAUUAAUGCCAAGGUGUCUUUCACUGGUCUUAUGUUUAGCAUAUACCUGCCCUGGGACAAGUUCAGUGGCAAUACUGAGGGACAGUGUGGUACAUGUGACAACAACCGGACAGAUGACUGCCGCUUGCCAAAUGGAACUAUCGAUUCAUCUUGUCCAGACAUGGCACACCAAUGGCAUGUUGCUGACCACAAUAACAACUUCACAUGCGAGAAACCCAAGGUUUAUAAUGCCUGCGGUCCACAAGUUGAACCAACCUGUAAUGCCUGGUACAAUUUUAAAUUCAUCCAGACUCAAAAUGAGUUCAGCAUCAUGGGAGAUAUACAAUUGGAGGGAUGCUAUUGCCCUCCUGGUACCACUUUGAUGAGUUCCAGCUCAAACUACUGUAUCCCCAGCUGUGAUAUUUGUCCGUUGCCAAAUGGAGAAUGGAAAGAGGCCAAUGAGACCUGGGUGAGCAACUGCCAGGAUUGUGUAUGUGACCCAUACAGUCUGGAAAUCCAGUGCCAGCCGGUGGCAUGCCAACAUCAGCCUCCUCUCACCUGUGAUCAGGAGGGCCAAGUUAAGGUCGUAGAAACCGUUGACUGUUGUCAAAAGGACAAAUGCGAUAACUUGUCCAGUCGGAUUCGAGAUAGAGGCAACUAUGGGAGUCUGCUGCCCAACGUAUCAAUGCAGUGA